AUGCAAUAUUUCGGCUCAGAAUUCGUCAUCUCAAUUCUUCUGCUGCUCAUUGUGAGUGUGUGCUCAUUGCCGUUCGAGAAGAAGGCCGACAUUGACAUGUUCACAUCGGCUGUCAAUCGUGCAAAUCGCUUGAGAUAUGGUAAAAGAUCAUCAUCGCCGAUUGAAUACGAAGAAAGCGUUUUCACAUUCCCAAUCGCGAAGAAAGCGACGAUCGACGCGUUCGCUUCGGCUGUCAAUGGCGCGAAUCGCCUUCGAUACGGCAAAAGAUCCUCUUCCGGCAAUCCUGGCCAAAGGAGCAAACGUGGAAUCAACACCGAAUCCCUUGUUGCAUCUCUCAACGGUGCUGAAAGAUUACGGUAUGUCGGAAGAAUGAUUUUCCUCGAUGAAAUCGUGUUUCAGAUUCGGACGUAA